UUUUCAAAUAGUUAUGUUUUUUCCUGAUAUUGGCGAAUUUAUAUUUACAGAUAGCGGUUCUAAUGGUGAUAUAUUCAGCUCACGGUCUUUACAUGCUUAAGGAUCGUUUAGAUAACGUCGGGACGGACUUUGUACUGAUGUUUAUGAAUCAGAAGAAGUCAGGUCUGCCUUUACAGCUGUUUCUAACGACACCCAUAACUGCCCCUGUCACUGUGAAAAUACAGACACCUGAGGAUCUCUCUUUGGUACAGAUAGAUAUGACACUUAAAGUAUAUAACAACAACACGACCAAUGUCGUAAUACCAGAGAUACUGAAAAGUGAACUAAAAUCUGAAAAGACAUACAAAUCUAUCCUAGUGACAAGCGAUGACGUCAUUGUUUUAUUUGCGUCAAAUAUGCAAUUCAAGAGCACCGACUCUUGUGUUGUGUAUCCAACCGACACGUUGUCUAAUGAGUAUAUAGCUGUGUCUAGAGAAUCGGAUACUCCUAACCCUGCCUUUAUAGGCUCCAACAUUGGAGUGGUAGCUCUGGAGGUUGGUGUGGUAUCCUUCUAUUUACCAACCAAUAUAUCGGUCUUGUUUGAUAGCAGUACAUAUACAGGUGAGAUGCAUAUCACUUUGAACAAGUAUGAAGUGUUCCAUCUUGUAACGACAGAUGUUACAGGGAUCCUCAUCAAAGCUAACAUUACCGUGGCAGCAUUUUCUGGACAUUCGUUUCUUAAGUUUGGGGACACCAGCGGUGACCACAUGGAAGUCAUGCUCCCACCUUUGAAGUCACUUGGCCGUCAAUAUAUGGUAGUUAAGAAACCGUCGUACCAACAUACACCAGAGCUAAUCCGUGUAGUGAGUACAGCAGAACUUACAAACAUCAACAUAAGUUACAAUUCUUCCAAUUAUGGCGUUGAACUACAAGGUAUGGGGGCCUACUAUGAUUUUGACUUACCAAUAACUGGUGCCUUAAUCAAUUCGGACAAGGCAAUCCUUGUGGCACAGAUUAGUACCUCCCGAUGCAUAGACGGGGUUGUGGGUGAUUCAUCAAUGUCUCUAGCCUUCCAUCCAGACUACUUGUCCUCGGAAUAUAUAUUUGGUGUGCCGGUCAAACAGGGCACAAACUUACAUCAGUACAAUUUAUUAAUCAUUGCUGAGACGAAAUAUAUCAUGAACGUACUAUUUGACAAUAUUCAUUUAGAUCCAUUAGCUUCCUGGGUCAGCAUAUCAAACAGCGAGUUUUCGGUCGCGGAAAUCGAAGAUAUCACAGAAGGUGAACAUACGUUGUCAAGUGACGGGCCAGAGGCCAAAUUAGCAGGCAUUGUACAUGGAAUUGGCAAUGGGGAGCAUUUUCAGGCAGCCAUCGGUCGGUAUUUGGGAGUACCGCGAGAUCAGAUCAACACGUCAAAGGAUGAUAACACUGACCGCCUCCGACAGACGACGUCAGUGCAGAGAUUCCAAGAUUACCUACCGUCCGAACCCCCGUUCCACAACACGACUAAAGGAUCACCGAUCAUGUGUUUGGCACUGUGUCUGGAGUAUAGCGCAUGCUACCUCCUAGCUACGAAACCCUACUUGGGAGGGGCUACCGAUUCUGUUAUCUGUCUGCUUUACACCACCGUUGGUGCUAGUGGACGUCUACGGUCAGAACACGGAUACACUCUUUACAGGCGUUUUGCAUGAUCAGUUGAUCAGCUGCAUUUUUGGAAUAUGUGUUUCCAUAAUGUUUUUUUCAUUGUUCUACAGAAUGUUGAUGCGGUUUAUGAAUAUAUAAUAUGGUAAUAGAUAUAUAAAUAUAACCAUUUUCCUAAGUCACCCUGUAGAUAUGAAGAACGAUGUUAUUAGCAGCUGUGUAUAUUUCCAUGAUGUAUAUAUCUCAUUGAAAUUGUUCUCGUUUUGACUCGUGAGAAGGAAUCUUUAGCUAAAGAUAUGAACUUCAUGAGAGCCUGAAUCUAACUUGACACUUCAAGGACGUAAAACACUACUUAAUAAUUCAGAUAACUUAAGGGAAAUAUGCAUUACGUAUAAGCGUCUGUCUGCCUGUAUACUAGAUGAAAAUAAAAAGUGCUUGCCUUCAUUCUUAAAAAAAAGUUCACGAAAUGUAUAACAAAAUCAUUUUUAGGGAAGUGCCAAAAAGCAAUGCAUUAAGAAUUAUAAAAGAAAUACGUAAAAAGGUUUUUACCAUAUGAAUCCAAAACAUAUGAAAAACAGAUACAGUAUGUACCGAAAACCGA